AUGGCCGCGUCUAGCCGGACGUUCCUCGCCUACCAGCACGAUUGGAACCUUCUCUCGCUCGACACACCCGUCACAACAGUAUAUCGCUUCAACGAACUGGAAGAUCCCAACCGCCAGCUCUUUCCCGCGGGAAACGAUGAUGACCAUGUCGUCGCCACUGAAAAGACAAUCUUCCAUCCUCAAGGGGGCGGCCAGCCCUCCGACGUGGGCACAAUGACAGGACCCGCAGGAACCACGUUUACGGUGACGGCCGUCCGCAUGGAUGCGACCGGACAAGGCCAAGUCUUGCACCUCGGCCGAUUCGGUGAUGGUUCAUCUUCUGCAUUUUCGAAAGGCGAGACAGUCCGACAAGAAGUCGAUGCUGAGAAGCGCCUGCUACAUUCGCGGCUUCAUACGGCAGGCCACGUCCUUGGUGCUGCUGUGAGACAUCUCCUGGAGAAGGAGGUCCAGGACUUUGAUGAAUUAAAGGCUUCUCACGCUCCGGGCUCGGCAUCCUGUGAAUUUCAAGGUCUAAUCGAAGGAAAAUGGAAAGAGCCGAUUCAGAAACGGGUAGAUCAAUAUAUCGCCGACAAGCGAGAGGUUCGGGUUGAGUGGUGGGAUGAAGCCAUGUUUCGGGAAAAGGGUCUGGAAAGAUUGAUUCCCGACCGUAGCCUCAUGCUGGGAGAGAAGUUCCGCGUGGUGAAUAUUGUUGGGGCCGAGGUUUAUCCCUGUGGAGGGACGCAUGUCGAUACUACGGAUUUGUGUGGACCGACUAGCGUUACGAAGAUCUCGAGGAAGUCGGGGAAGUCUCGUGUUAGCUAUGCUGUGAAUUAA